AGAGACAGACUGAGAGGAGGCAAAGCGGAGCUGGGCUCGAGCGAAGAGGAAAGGCACCAAAGCCAGGACAGACGGAGACAGCUUUCUUCAAGAAGCACCAAUUUGUUUUCAUCCUAGGGAGAGUUUUGGUGGGCUUUGAAAAAGCUGCUGAAACAAUUUAGAACUGAUCAAAACGCCGAGCUUUGAGUGGUUAUUAUUAUUAUUGUUGGCGUUAUUUUACUUUUUUUGGAGGGGGACGGACUCGAAAUUGAUUAUUGUGUGUGGUGGAUGUCAAAAGCGGUGCCAAGGUUUAAUACCCAACCGAAGGAAUGUAUCCAAACCGGGCAGCGGCGAACCAGCGACUCUGGAGAUGUCCACCCUGCGCGCUCUGGAUCGCCCUGCUCCUCCAAAGUGUCCUGGACCUGAGCGCGUCUGGAUCUGAGUUCCCCCAAGAUCCCAUUAUGCAAGCUGCCACUUUGUGGAACACUUCAAGUGAUGGACCUCACUUCAUCCACCUUGAUGCUCCCAUGAACAACAUAACCACCUCCGUGGGCCACACGGCCGAGCUUUUGUGUCGUGUCUCCGGAAACCCGCCACCCACUGUGCGCUGGCUCAAAAACGACGCUCCUGUGGUACAGGAGCCGCGGCGGGUCUCCUACAGGUCCACGCUGUUUGGAUCACGCCUCCGCAUCCGCAGCCUGGACACUACUGACACGGGAUACUUCCAAUGUGUGGCCACCAACAGCCAGGGCUCUGUUUCCACCACGGGUGUGCUGUUUGUCAAGUUCGAUCCAGAUCCGCUCCCUACGUCUCUGCCAAAAGAGCCCACCAACGGGUUUCCUGAAGAUGGAUUCUGCCAGCCGUACAGAGGCAUAGCCUGCGCCCGCUUUAUCGGCAACCGCAGCAUUUUUGUCGACUCGCUGCAGAUGCAGGGGGAGAUUGAGACCCAGAUCACAGCGGCCUUCACCAUGAUCGGGACGUCCAACCAUUUGUCUGACCGCUGCUCGCAGUUCGCCAUCCCUUCCCUGUGCCACUUUGCCUUCCCGACGUGCGACCGCAGCUCGGGGUCCGACAAACCCCGUGACCUCUGUAAGGACGAAUGCGAGAUCCUGGAGAACGACUUGUGUAAAACCGAGUACAUCAUCGCCCGCUCAAACCCGAUCAUACUGAAGAGACUGAAACUGCCAAACUGCGAUGACCUGGCUGCUUCUGACAGCCCCGAGGCUGCCAACUGUCUGAGGAUCGGGAUCCCUAUGACAGAGCCUAUUAACAAGAAUCACAAAUGUUAUAACAACAGUGGGGUAGACUACAGAGGAACGGUAAGCAUAACCAAGUCAGGGCGUCAGUGUCAGCCGUGGAACUCCCAGUAUCCUCACAGCCACAACUACCAGGCUGCGCGCUACCCGGAGCUUAAUGGAGGACACUCGUACUGCCGCAACCCAGGGAACAAACACGAGGCCCCCUGGUGCUUCACACUGGAUGAGGGGUUCAGAAUGGAGCUCUGCGACAUACCCCUCUGUGACCAUAAGGAGUCUGGCAUUGAGAUCCUGUACAUCCUGGUUCCCAGCGUGGUAAUCCCCUUAGCCAUCGCGUUGCUCUUCUUCUUCAUCUGCGUGUGCCGCAACAACCAGAAGUCCUCCAGGCCGCCCGUGACACGCCAACCCAAACCCGUCCGCGGCCAGAACGUUGAGAUGUCCAUGCUCGCAACUGCAUACAAGCCUAAGAGCAAGGCCAAGGAGCUUCCCUUAUCAGCUGUCCGUUUCAUGGAGGAACUCGGAGAAUGUACUCUAGGGAAGAUCUACAAGGGUCAUCUGUAUCUGCCGGGCAUGGACCAGGCCCAGCUUGUGGCCAUAAAGACCCUUAAAGACAUUUCCAAUGCCCAGCAGUGGGCUGACUUCCAGCAAGAGGCCGCAGUGCUGACCGAGCUUCAGCACCCCAACUUGGUGUGCCUGGUGGGUGUGGUUACCCAGGAGCAGCCGGUCUGCAUGCUGUUUGAGUUUCUACCCCAAGGUGACCUCCACGAGUUCCUCAUCAUGCGUUCGCCGCACUCUGACGUCGGCUGUAGCAGCGAUGAGGACGGCACGGUGAAAUCCAGCCUGGAUCAUGGAGAUUUUCUGCAUAUGGCCAUACAGGUGGCUGCUGGGAUGGAGUACUUGGCCAGCCACUUCUACGUUCACAAGGACCUCGCAGCUCGGAACAUUUUGGUAGGCGAGCAGCUCCACGUCAAGAUUUCUGACCUGGGUCUCUCCAGAGAGAUCUACUCCUCAGACUACUACUGCAUCCAGCCUAAAAUUGUGCUACCCAUCCGCUGGAUGCCCCCUGAGGCCAUCGCUUCGGGAAAGUUCACCACAGACUCGGACAUCUGGUCGUUUGGAGUUGUGCUGUGGGAGGUCUUCAGCUACGGGCUACAGCCCUACUACGGUUUCUCGAACCAGGAAGUGAUGGAGAUGGUGAGAAAGAGGCAGCUGCUGCCCUGCCCUGAAGACUGCCCACCAAGGUUUUAUGGUCUGAUGACUGAGUGCUGGCAGGAAGGACCAGCACGUCGGCCGCGCUUCAAGGAUAUUCAUGCCCGCCUGCGAGCUUGGGAGGGGUUGUCGUCCCACGCCAGCUCCAGCACGCCCUCUGGCGGAGGAGGCAAUGCCACCACUCAGACCACCUCGCUCAGCGCCAGCCCCGUCAGCAACCUUAGCAACCCACGCUAUGCCGCCGCUGCUGCCGCCGCCGCAGGGUACCUCUACCCAGCCCAGGCUAUUCCCGCGCCGGGACAGAUGGGUGCAGUUCCAGCAUGGACGCCCAUGGCCGUGACCCAAACCCACCAGCGCUUUAUCCCAGUCAACGGAUACCCAAUCCCGCCAGGAUACGCAGCAUUCCCAGCUCACUUUGCACCCCCAGCUCCGCCAACUAGGGUAAUCCAGCACCACCUGCCCCCUCCCAAAAGCCGCUCCCCCAGCAGCGCUAGCGGCUCCACCAGCACGGGUCACGUCAGCGGCGUGCCCUCCACCACGGGCUCCAACCAUGACGCCAACACGCCGCUGCUGUCCCACUGCAUCAUGCCGGGGAGCGGCGGAGGGUCGGCUCAGGUGUACGGACAACUCUCCCAGAAGGGGAUGGUGGACCACGUGUCUCAGACAUCAGCACUGCUUACUCCUGACUCUGAUGUGCUGAUGUACAACGACACAGUCAUCACUGCAGACCUGUAAAUAUUCAACCUCUUUGAGGUUAGAUCCCAGAUAUGAGAAGUUUAGCGCUUCAGCAAGUGGCGCAGCGUCACAGUUCUUCUCUGGUCUUACCGAGACCCAACAGAGAUGGAGCGUGCCACACAUCUGGGUAUCCAAGAAACACUAAGCAGGCUAUAUAAGCAGCUGUCUGACUCUGUCAUGCCUUACUGUUUAAAGGAAGCGUACUUACUAUCAUGGUUUGAAAAUGUUAUUUUAACCUCUGUGUAAAUACAGUACAUAGGUCCUGAAUGAAUGAAUGAUACAAAGAUAUAUAUUCAAAUGAACUUUUUAUUAAGUAAAACACUUUAAAGGUGAAAACAUCCUUCCCGUGGCCUUAUUCAACAGUUUGUGUUCCAAUCAGACAAAAAAAAAAACGAAACAAUUCCCAGUCGAUGGACUUUUUCCCUAUAGGGAGACAUGGAUAUUCAUGUGAUGACCUUCAGGUGUUUUUUUAAACUAGUUCAUUGGCUUGCUUGUCAACACAAAAAAUGAAAUAUCCAAGGGAGCGCGAAUGGAAACGGCGAGGGACUUCAUAAAAACAAUCAACAGUGUCCUGCUCCAAUAAAUGAUGCCUCCUUGGCCCUCCAAAACUAAUCAGUAACAUUUAUGUUAGCAUGCAUAAUAGCCAUGCUGCCAACAGCUAUGAAAGUACUCAUGCAGGCGCUAAGGAGUCCCUUUGAGAAUGACAGCUGAAUGUGUGUUUUGUUUUUGUUGGUUUUUUUGUAAUUUUCCAACUUCAUCACGCAAUCUGAGACGUCUGCAACAAGAACACCGGACACAGUGAAGCUGGAAGUUUAUCUGAUCGGCCUCCCUUUAAGUAUCAUUUCUUUCAUCAUCCCUCCCCCCCCGGUUUUGUUUCUCCGGGAGACAUCGCAUCUAACUUCAGAGCCGGCAAGAGGGCCCCCUGCAGAUCAACAAAAGACAUCACAAAGCGCUCGCUUCCUUCCACAGCUAACCCGCACCGUUCUCAGGGCAAACACUUGAUUCGCCGCAUAAUUGAUUGGAUACAGUCUUUUAUGUUUUUUCCGAAAGUUUUUACGGAUUUCAUUUUGGAGAUGGGAAAAAAAAAGUCAAAAUUUAAUUUGGAUACCUCGUCCUGUUCUGUUCCCUUCUUUGUAUUUAUACGUCUGUAUUGUGCAAAAAAAAAGAAAAAAGCAAAAGAAGCAAAACAUGGAAGAAUAAUAAAAGUAAAAAGGGUUAAAAUGCAUAAUGCUUAUAGUAGUUAGGUGCUUUGUGAGAUCUCAGCCAUGUACAUAGACAGAAGAAUGUUGCAUCUAAAUAAGGAUACUGCAAAUUAGGUGUUCUGCAAUAUUAUUGCAACUUUUUAACACACCAAGUGGCGACUGUAUUAACAUGUACAGGAUCCUGACGAGUAGCUCAGCACGUGCAGCUUUUAACAGAAAAAGUACAACCUGAAAAAAAAUUCUGCCCGUUUUGUCUGUUUCCCAGUGAAGGAUGACGAAGUGUGUGUUUGGUGAGUCUCAGUUUCGUAGCCGCACAAACUAUGCCUCAGCCAUCCACGAUGGUUUAUGAGAGGCCAAAUAUGAAGCUUCUUUCAUUCCCUCAAAAAAAAAAAAGUCAGAAAACCAGCAGUAAUGUGUCAAGUCAACAACCUAUGGGUGACAUCGUGCGAAUGUUCCUGAGUGCGUGUUUUAACUACAGCAAUAACACAUCUGGGUUGUUUUCACUGAGGACAUGCAGAGCAUAAAGUACAGUGAGGAUCCUUUUUUUUUGCCUCAAGUGCAUUUUUGAAUAGUAAAGUAAGUGGACACGUGAAAUGUAGCAACUAGAGAAAAGCAGCUGCAAAAAUGGCAUCAAAAUCAAAUUCAGUUGUCUUUAUAAAUCCUACUGCUCUUUAGUUUUCCUUGAGGUAAUGGCAUUCAAGUGAGUAGAGGUCAGUAGUGAAGCUGGUUGGCUGUUAUUAGCAACAUGAAGGGUGUGCUCUUGUUUCCAUGCUAUUUGAAAUCAUUUGAGGGUGUAUUUUUCAAAUGCCUUUCCUCUCUGUGUGUUUUUGUAAUUCUGUUUUUCUAAAGCAGAGUGAGCUACCUAAGCAUCUUUACCCAUGAGCCCCAGCAAUGUAAAUGAUGUACGAAUACUAACAUAGACUGUAUAUAUAAGAUGGACUUUGCUUCCAGAUUUAAAAAAGCAAGGCCAACGCAGUCUGCACUGAUGGCCAACAGGGGGCGACUCCUCCAGUCCAGUCCACUUCUCACUUGAUUUUUGACAUCAGUGAAGUCUUAUUUAAUACAGGACAUUUCUCAUUUUGUUAAGGAUGCUGUCACUGACAGCAAAAUUGCUAAUAAGGCAGAGAAUAGUAUAAGGCCUGGCUACCGUAUGAGUGUACAGAGUCUAAUAGAAUAAAAUAAUAAAAGUGAAAAUGCUCAAGUGAAGGUUUCAACCAAUGGGUGCCGUCAUUGUGGCUACAGUCAUCUUUUUUAUGUAGUCUAUGUACUAAUAUAGCAGUGCACAAACCACUUGUACACAAGACUGUGAAUCUUAAUCAAGUUUAGGUAUUUUUGUAUUUGGCAAAAAUUCAUUAUAGUGCCUUUUUUUGUCUUUUAUUGGUAAGAAGAAACAAAAGUAAAUGUAUAUUUCAAUAUCAGUGUACCCAUAACAGGUUUACAUGCAUAUUGAUCAAGAGAGGCCUUGGCUUUGUAUUUUGUCUGAAUAUUUUUGCACAGAUGUUUUGUAUUGCAAAAUCAUUUAUUAAAUAAUGUUUG